CAUUUAAGUGCCUUUCAGCUUUACUAAAAAACGGAAACUGAAAUGAUUCUGAAUGAAUUUCGAAAGCGUCCUUAAAAUCUUGUGUUUGGUGCUGUUCACUUAAAGUGAACGUCGUGUAAACUGAGAUAAACUCUUUUGUUUCUAGGACAAACAAUGAUACUAGAAGUCACACGAUACAAUGGCGGCAAAUUAACACAUAAUUAAUUUACACCAGCAAGAAGAGCCAGUCGACUCACAUCUCGGUCGUACGCAAACAUGAACACUGCACAGACCAGCCGCUUGGGGGAAAAUAAACCCAUUUUAGUAAAACUUGUUCUUGUAGGAAAGCUCGGUGUUGGAAAAUCAGGUAAAGACACCUCAUUGCAGUUGAAGUGUUUAACUUUCUUGAGAUCUUUUAACAUUUUAUGGUGCUUAACUAUUUUCCAUUGCCUUUGUUGUCCAUGUUGUUUUAAGCACUCGUCUGUUUUUCUCAACGUAGCCUGUAAACACUGUACAUAUUUUUUAGAUAAUAGUAUGCUCAUAUCUUCUUUAAUUUCAUAGCUAUGAUCGUGCGAUUUCUAACGAAAAGAUUCAUUGGGGAGUAUGACCAAAACAUUGGUAAGUUGACUCAUGAUAGUUUGCUACAUGUUUGUUUUGUGAAUUCUUUAAUGGAAUCCGGCGACAAACAUCUCAACUAACCGUAAAAUCUCAUUGCACAGCGCUUUAAUGGAAAUGCCUCCUAUCUCUGUUUACACAUGAACACAUUUAUAUCUUUCAAACUAAUCCUGGGUUAUGAAGUGCCGGCCGCCCGGCAUAGCAGUUUGUUAUUAAGUAAGUGGAUUUACAUAUGUGAUUAACAACCUCAUGCACAAAAUGAAAUACCCUGUUCUAAAAAAGUGAAUUUUUUACCCCAAUUCUAGGUUUACAGUCUCUUAGCUAAAUGCUUUUAGUGAAUUUGAUUUCUAAGAAGAAAGACUGAGUUUGUGCGAAAAUGGCCUAUAAACUCUGAAAAGCGAAGGCAAAGUGAUCGAAUGGAUGCAUACGUACAGAGAGAAAAUAUAUAUGAUUUGAUCAGUUUUAAGGGAUUAGGAACAGACCGUGUUGGUAAAUAGUUUAUUUUUGACAUCAAAGCUUGAGGUAAAGUAGUUUGAAAGAUUGAAAUACUGGCGGUUGUAAAGUUCUUGACAGCUAACGGCACGAGUGCCCCGGCUGCACCAUUAGUGUAUUUUGUACAACGCGAUUUUACUGAUUCCCUAGCGACUGAGCUACGCGAACAAGGUGCUGUAUUGAGGCUGCAAAUUACAGCAACUUAACUAAGCAGGUUUCAAUGGCUUACAAAGAACAAGUGGAUUAACUAAAGUGUUAAAAUAUGAAAAUUAAUAGUGAUUUUACAUCUUUUAAGUGUCGGGCUGUGAUUUCUGGCAACUUACUUUCACUGAACAAAUGAUCACAAAUCGCGUGCCUAGCUCAGAGAACACUAAUAUUGAUACUAUCGAAAAAUAAACCGACUAUCGAUAAGAAACCACUUUAUCUAUAUGUUUCCUUUGCAUUAAAGCAGAAUUGUCUGAUUUGUCACUCGGUUAUAAACCACAAUAUUUGAAUAAGAUUUGCAAAAGAUUAUCAUGAAAAAACACAGAUUCAGAAAAGUAGCUCACACUUUUUCGAGGUUAGUGCAGCCAUUCGUAACUGAAAAAGAGUUUCUCUCACACAGAUUUUUUUUACCCAAAAAACAGCUCGAAUUCAACAAAGCCAGCCGGGUCGGGCGCGGAUCUAGGAUAAAUACUGAUCGAUUUCCUACUUCUACGUAGCAUGCUCCCCCGGGAUUUUUUUUGGGAUUUUAACUCCCCAAAGUCCCCUUUUCUGGGUUUCUGAGUCAUUCAGACAGGAAAUUUACCGACUAUACAAACCAUUUUCCAGAUUUUAACUUGGAAAGUUUAAAGUUUUUUACUUAAAAUAUAGUUAUAAUGAAAAUUCUGACCGAUUUCCUUAAAACGGUGGAAACCGGUAUGGAUCCGCGCCUGCAGGUGAUUCCGGACCACACAUUUCCCGUCUGCAACUGAAGAAACCGCAUGGAGGUUGUUUGUUGAAAUAUCAAUAUUUGUUUGAAAAACAGCUUUCACUUAGAGCACCGUCUAAAAUUCUGGCGGAAAACACUCUGGCAGUUAUCAUGCAGGACUUGAUUUGAUUGUUUGUUUAAUGUGCUAGAAGCCUUCCGUGCCUCCAAACUCAACUGAAAUGAUGUAAUCUUUUCGCUGUUUCGAAACUUGAAGGACUCUUUACAAAAAACUGCAACUCUUACUUUCAGCAUAACGCACUUGACUGGGACACACAGUCUUAAAAGGGUACCUUUUCUGGCAAGAGUUCAAAAGCUGAGUAGUUCCGGGAUCUUUUGAGUCCAAUAAGUAAAAAAGAGAAAGAAGCCAAAAGCUCAGUGUUAUUCGAGGUGAAACCGAUAGUUUAAACCUUUCACAGUAUCACUGCAAAAACACGCAUUUAACGGCCUUCCAAGCUAGUAUUUUAACUUUUUCUCAAGUGACUUAAAAGUUGUUGUAGGCGAAGUGUUUUGCUUCAAGUGUUAUAAUCAAUUAACUUACUCUGGUAGUUUGCACACAAAUCACGAAACACAGCUAGUGCCAAAAUAACCGAUCCUGAUAACAUAAAUAGAAGAUCUAGACAAAGUAACAAUUGGUUUUAUUUUUUUUGUUCUGAUGAUCAUAACACAAACAAUGAAAGAGGACAAAAUCACAAAUGCCAGCCCUAAACUACCCUACGUGCAAGCUCUCUCUAGCUAGAGACGCGUGCGAGCUCUUCCAGCUAACUCUACCCCUGAGACGAGAGAGCUUGCUUGUAAGCUGACUGAUAUAUUUUGUCAGAGGUUAAUGUAAUGACCCUUGUAGAAAUAUCGAUAAAGACACACCUAAAAGGUAAACAAAGUAAAUGCAAGUAUUAUUGGCUUUGCAACAAAAAAGUGUUUACAUUUCAAUAUUUUUUCCAAUAUUAUACGUAAUAGCACUGAAAUGCUUUUAUCUUAGGUUUAAUGUAUCAUUAUCAUAAAAGGCUGGAAAAUCAACAAGUGCGAGUAGAAAUUCUCGAGUCUGGAGGCAAGGUUAGUUAACCAAAAAAUAUUUCUUAUUUUUGACUAGUAAAUGAUUGUUGUGGUGUAUUAUUACUAUGGAACUAAAAUAAAUAAAUAAGUAACGAUUUAGGGGUAGCCGUCCACAUCGUUGUUCUUCGUCUACCAGUUCCUGGUCGAAUUGAAAUUCGGAAAAGUUGGUUUUUGAGGGGAAGGGAAAACGGGGUCACCAAGAACCAACAACAAACUCAACUCACAUUUAGCGUCGACACCGGGAUUUGAGCCCAGGCCACAAUGAUUGGAGGCGUGUGCUCUCACCACUGCGCCAUCCUUGCUUCCCUCUCUUUGCGAACUUGAUGUUAACCAGUUAUUAACCAGCUUCCGUGUUCAUACAACCUAUAUAAUAGCAAAGGUUAUACAGUUCUAUGGGAUGUUUACUUCCGGGUGGUCUGAAUGUACAUGGUUUUUGAACGAAACUGAAGUUAUUUUACUGUAUUCAUCAGGACUUUAUCGAGAGCAGUGAUGUCCACACUUUGUGGGGAGAUCUGUUUUUGUUGGUGUACGCUAUUAACGACCGCUCAAGCUUUGAAGAACUGAUCCCACUGAGACAACACUUGGAGAAAGUUCGAGCGGCUGAUAAACCGCUUGUAGUACUGAUCGGUAACAAGAAGGACACAGAAAAUGACAGAGAAGUCAGCAAACAAGAGGGACUUCAGUUUUCCAAGGAAAAUAACUGCUCGUUUUACGAAAUCUCCACAAAAGCAAGCUACGAAGAGGUCGAAAAUGUUUUCUCUGAGGCGAUACGAGACAUCGCGCGACAUAAAUUGACACAACGGGCUUUAAACGGGGUAAAACAAACUUCUCACAACAAGAUUAUGGAAAUUGUCGAAAAGAACGUGGGGAGAAACAGAGCUAUGUCAAGCGUGAAAGAAACCAUCGACGAAUACUGUGCAACGAGGUCUGAAGAACUCUCGCAGGACUUGUCACGUGAUCGACGCAAUACUUUUACAUAGAGCGCUUUUAAGUUUGAGUGUGUAUGGUACUCUUGUGAUUUAUUUGGCUUGACUUUUUUACACUUUACACUUAAAUGCCUGAAAAGCAUUUGAGAAACAAGGAUUAACACAGUCGGUUAGUGCACGGCCUCCUGUUCGGGAGCCGGCUUUGAAUUCUAUUCCCAGUUGUGACCACAGAUCCUUGUUUCCACUUCUUUCCUUUCCGUGUAGCUUUAACUAGCUUUAAAUACCCGUUAAACGGAGCACUGAUGGAAAAUAAAAGGG